AGAAAUCUAAUCAAAACCCCACAUUGCUUCUCCUUGCAACACUGCAUGUUCUGAGCUCAUGGCCCUGCCUCUUGGCUGUCUGAUGGUAAUUGACUUGAUCUGCAUUGUCUUCUCUUUGCCGGCCCUGACCUAUAAAUCCAUCAGCUUACCACCAAAACUUCAUCAGCCCAUCAGCAAGCUAAGCACCACACACACCUGGUAGCUGAACAACCACCAUACAAACUGAAUUUCUCUGAAUAUUCAGCCAAAAAAGCAGGAGAAGCAACCAUGAUCAGUGCCAAGAGACUUGUUCAGAUGGCAAAGAAGUGGCAGAGAAUGGCUGCACUGGCAAGGAAGCGGCUCACGGCGACGCCGGGGGAAGAAGCCGAUGAUUCAUGCGGCACGUCGACGUCGGUGGCCGUGAAGGGCUACUGCGUCGUGUACUCCUUGGACGGGAGGCGGUUCGAGGUCCCGCUGGUGUACCUCGGCACAGCGGUGUUCAGCGAGCUCCUGAGCAUGUCGCAGGAGGAGUUUGGGUUUGCCGGCGACGAUGGCAGGAUCACGUUGCCCUGUGACGCCGCGGUGAUGGAGUACGUGAUGUGUUUGCUUAGGCGAGAUGCCUCUGAAGAUGUUGUGAGGGCGUUCUUGAGCUCCAUGGUCAGACCUUGCCACCACAGCGUCAUGGUGCCAUCGAUGCACCAAUCAGCCAUCUGUGUAUAGCUACAGCUAUAUGAUUAUUAGCUCAUGAUGUAUAUUAUUAGGUUUAUUUAGCCGGAUGUAUUGAUGUAAUAUUCUGGAAUCACAUGAAAUCGAACAAAAGGUUCUUCGUAUUUA